AUGACCGAACAAGGCCGCGCCAGAUCCGCUCUUCUUCUCUAUGGAACAGAAACCGGCACAGCGCAAGAUCUGGCUGAAGAAAUCGGUCGCAGUCUCGAGAGACUUCAUUUCCACACAGAUGUCUUAGGACUAGACGCUGUCACUUACAGCCUUCUGCACCACUAUACCCUCAUCGUCUUCGUCGUUGCCACGACUGGGCAGGGUGACUUUCCUGAGAAUGCUCGCAAAUUCUGGACCAGCCUUCUUCGUAAGAAGCUGACCGCUACCACACUGGCCGGCGUGGGCUAUGCUCUGGUUGGCCUCGGUGACAGCUCCUACCCCAAAUUCAACUGGGCCGCGAGGAAAUUGGAUAAGAGGUUGCGUCAACUUGGGGCAUUGCCAAUUCUCGAGCCUUGCGAGGCCGACGAACAAGGUGACGAGGGAACAGAUGGCGCCUUUCUGAUCUGGCUUCAAUUGUUUCGAGAGACUAUGACGAAGAUCUUCCCUCUUGCUGACGGUCAAUUACCCAUCCCAAAUGACGUUCUGCUGCCAAGUAAAUGGCGCUUGGAAAAGGCCUCUGGACACGCCGAUUCAUCUGUUGCCUCUCCAAUCACUAAUGGUGUCCACCCUCCUUCUUCAGCUGGACACAGCAUCUCUUCAGAUUCUUUCUCCGUAUCUUUGGAGUCUAACCAACGAGUCACUCCACCUGACCACUGGCAAGAUGUUCGAUUUAUGUGCCUUAAAGCCUCGGGGAAAAUCGACUACAUGCCAGGCGAUGCGCUUGCCAUUUCUCCUCGAAACAUGCCAGUGGAUGUGGAAUCCCUGAUCAGCCGCAUGAAAUGGCAACAUAUUGCGGGUACCCCCAUCCGGCUCGUCUCAACCCGAUCGGCUUCAACCUCCACCGCAACCAAUCCCAUCUUCAGCCGUGUCGAUCUCAACCUCCGAGUUCUUCUCACCGAGUAUUUGGACAUUAAUGCCAUUCCUCGCCGCUCAUUCUUGGGCUGCAUCGCAAAUUACACAAGCAACAGCAUGCACAAGGAAAGACUGCUCGAGUUCACCGACCCGCAAUAUCUCGAUGAAUACUACGACUACGCGACCCGUCCUAGACGGAGUAUCCUCGAGAUCCUGCAAGAGUUCGAUUCCGUGCAUCUUCCAUGGGAGGAAGUCACCAAUAUUUUUCCACCAAUACGUCCAAGACAAUUUAGCAUUGCAAGCGGUGGACUCUUGAAAAGUUCUGAAGAUGGAUCGACCAAAUUCGAGCUACUUGUCGCAAUAGUUAAGUACAGGACGGUUAUCAAACGGAUCAGAGAGGGUGUGUGCACACGAUACCUGGCGAAAUUACCAGUCGGAACAACGCUCCAAGUCUCGUUGAAGACAGAAGGCCGCUUCUCUAGAGUCGCUGAUUUGAUCGGUAAGAGCCACAUCCUGAUCGGCGCCGGCACGGGCAUCGCACCUCUCCGAGCACUCAUUCACGAAAAAGCCAUGCAAAGUCAGCUCGCAGGCAAGACAACACUCUUCUUCGGCUGCCGUAACGAGAAAUCAGACUAUUUCUUCCACGACGAGUGGACAGCGCUCCAAGCCCAGAAUCCCCCAAAUGCCAGUCUCGAGAUCAUCACGGCGUUCUCCCGGGAUCAGAGAUCCAAAGUCUAUGUGCAAGAUCGGAUCCGUGAGCGGAGCCACUUGAUCUGGGAAUUCCUGAGAGAAAGAGCGGCGACGAUCAUUGUUUGCGGCUCCUCCGGGCAGAUGCCCAAGGCUGUUAGGCAGGCUUUGGUCGAUGCGUUGAUUCAGCAAGGGGCGGGGACGAAGGACGAGGACAAGGUUGCGGCCCGGGGACGAAUCGGUCAUGGCGACGAGGAAGAUGGUGAGAUCGAAGAGUCGAUAAAGAGUACAGAGGACGCCGAGAUAUACCUCGCCAGGCUGGAGAAGGAAGGGAGAUAUAAACAAGAGACGUGGUAG